AUGGAGUUGUUAUUUUUUUGUCUCUUGUUAUUUAUUUCGUGCGUCUGGAGCCAGGCUUUGCUUUCUGUGCUUCAAAACCACUUCGAACUCAGCGCGUUCAACAGCUAUGUGAACGGUUCUCAGAAGUUGACUAAUUUACUAUCAUCUGCGGACAACGUCACGCUCCUCGCACCGUCUAAUGCUGCUUUCAAAUCAUGGCUUCCAAACCAAGCACCAAACUUGGCGGAGGACCAGAUCGAAGCGUUGUUGACUUACCAUAUCGUUCAUGGCGUAUUUCCUUCGGUAACUUUCUCGAGUCAACCGCAGUUUUCGAAGACUUUCCUGAACAACAUAACGUACGCCAAUGUCACCGGUGGACAGAGGGCGGAGCUUUUGACGGGUAGUAGUGGGAACCCGGAAAUCGUCUCGGGGAACAAGAUCGUGAGCGGGAUUUCAACAACGGAUGUACUAUUCACUGGAGGACUGAUACAAAUCAUCGAUACCGUCUUGACAAUACCUCUCAAUUUUGUGAUCUUGAUCACACAGGCAAACUUUAGGUACUUUGUCGCCAUCCUAAAUGCAGGAGGAUAUCUCAGUCCCAACGACACGCCUCUCGUCAGCAACGCCAUCUACGCACCAAGCAACACCAUCUUCGCGCCCAACACACAAGCAGCGGUAGACUCAUUCAAUUCCAUCUCGGCAACCAUGUCUCAAGAGCAACUUGCUGAGAUCUUCAACUACCACACCGUCCCUGGGUUCUUGGGCUAUAGCACCCAGUUGAAACAUGGAAUGCAGCUGCGCACAUUGCAAGGCACAAAUCUUACCAUCACGAUUCAGGGAAACAAUACGUUUGUUAAUAGUGCGAGGAUUAUGACGUAUGAUUAUUUGGUUUGUAAUGGGGUGGUACAUAUGAUUGAUAGUGUCCUCAACCCCUCCAACACAACCGGCCCACCGCCGCCCACCGGAGCCCAAACACCACCCGCCACGACAUCCUCCUCAACAACUCUCUACAUCAGCAUCCAGCCCCCGAAAUCAGGCUGGACCCCAGCCUCCAAAGCUGGUGUUGGCAUCGGCGUCGUUCUGAUCGCUGUUGCACUGGUAAGAGCGAUGUAUUUCCUGUUGAUGUGGAUGAGAAGGAGGCAAUUGGUGGGCGGAGAGAAGAGACAGAAGUCGAAGGUUGUGUGGAAUGUGGGGCCGGUCUGGGGAAGGAAGGUUACAAAACAGAUGGGGAGGGAGAGAGGGGUGAGUCCGCAGGAGCUGGAUGCGGAGCAGAAAUCGGGGAUGGAUAUGGCGAGCCCGGGGGUGAGUGAGGCGUUGACGAUGACGAUGGGUAGUCGGUAUGAGGGGAGUACGGUUGGUAGUUGGGGUGGGGAGUUGGAGGGAAGUGGGGGUCCGAAAAUGGUUAUUGUUAGAGGACAUAUUUCGGGCGUUGCUGGCGGUGGUGGGAGUUAG